AUGGCUUGCAUGAAGUUCAAAUCCUACCUUGUUUCAUCUGUGAUACGAAUGUCGAGCCUCGGCGUAGCACCGUUGACUGACCCCAUUAAUGAAGCGCGGAUCUCGUAUCAUGUUCAUGGGACUAGAUUGGGUCAGAAGUCAUCCGAGCGCGAGGUUCGAUCAUUAACCCACUUCAUCAACAACCCAUUACACGUCCAGGGGAGCCAAAGGAAACGGGUCCGAGAAGCAGGCGAAGCGAUCGACCUUGCAGCAGCUGCUGCACGCGGGAGGAACAAGAGUGACAGCUGUCCUGCAGGCAUUCCAACCGCAGGUCCUCGACAAAGUGCCAAUAUAGAAUUGACGCCUCAAGACCAAGAUGGCGAUGAUCUAUAA